CAGGGCACUCGUUGUUGUUAUGAUGAUGUUUUACAGUUCAGAGUAGCCUUGAAACUUUAAAACAUAAUUUUACUGAGGGCAUAAGUAUCUUGGCACAUCUCGCUGCAAGUUAAGGGUAAUGAUUUGGCUGCAUGUUGUUAAAAUCCCUCUCACCACCACCGACACAUCCUCCCAAGACGAGUGAUGGGUUCUAAGUUGACCAGACAGAGAAGUCUGGAUUUGGAAAGCAAAUUGUCCAAAAGAAGACGCCAGAGAAAUGACACCUCGGGAGAAAGCGAGAGAACUGGCGCCAGGGGCGGCGGAGACUUGUUGUUUACCUCCUUGAUGCUCAAGUCAGACAAGCUCCCGGGGAUGCUGCGGAAAACCAACCACAGCCCAUAUGUCAGACGGGUGGCUUGGAUUAGGGAAAUCCAGAGGCUUCUCCGGGAGCAGAAGAAGGAGCAAGCCGCUGAAGUGCUCAAACUGCUGAGAAAGUUGAUAGAGCUUAUACAUGCUUUGUCUUCUCUUUCAAACAGUCUGAAGACCACCCUGAAAAAGAAACUCUCCGGUGAUGUGGUCAACCUGUCAGGUAUCCCACUGUCUGGCCGAGACGUCCACCGUGUGGCAUUCUACCUCCAGAACAGCAGUGACGCAGUGUCGGCUGUGGACCUGAGCUUCACUGAGCUGCAGGACGAGAGUUUACGGCUUCUGCUGCCCUACCUCGGCUGCCUGCCGAAACUGACCAUACUAGCCAUUAAUGGCAACCGUCUAACAAUGGCCAUCCUAAAAGAUCUUACAGAUGCAGUGAAGGACCCUAAGAAGUUCCCCAGCCUAGCCUGGAUCGACCUGGGCAACAAUAUGGAUAUCUUCACCGUGCCGCAGCCGCUGCUUGUGGCCCUACGGCGCCGCUUUGGUUUACGCAGUAGCCUGCCCACAAUUUAUGAGUACAGAGAGGCACAGGCCUUCGGUGGCUACAACCCAAACAUGGAGACCUCUGUGGAGGAGCCCAGUCUCUGUGAAGAGGCAGAUGGAGAGGAAGAUGAUAGAGAGGAGGAGGAGGACAGGCUGGAGCUUCGAGCCUGGGGCUUUGGAGAAGAAAAUAUGUCAAAAAAUUUGCCGCUGCAGUUCUGUGGGAGGUGAUCGGCCAGAGAUUUCUUUUAGACUUGCUGCCCCUGAGAUCCCUCAGUAUCACUUCACUCUAAGUUUAGCCUCCAGUGUUAGCAGGUGUCAUUGUGGCAGAUGCUUACAGUGACCCACAUGUUUCUGAAAAUAACUUUAAAAUAAGUAACUGUGUUAUGUGUCCCUCUUGAUGCUCUGACUACUGAAACUCAGCAAUGUGAUGCAGGCAGCUCUGUGUUUUUAUAGGCACUAAGAUUUGAUUUUGGAUUGAUUUAACUUUCAUUUACUGUAUACACGAGAAGUUGAGUUGAGGGGCGUGUUUGCUGUAUUUCUGUGCUUUAUGUCCCAAAAGUUUUCUGCUCUCUCACACCUUAAAUCUUCCCAUUAUUUGCCACUGUCCACCAGAUUAAGUGCCUUGCACAAGGGCACCUCAGCAGUAGUGAUGGUGUUGCUAAUUCCCAUUACCCAAGCUGUUUUGGCCUCUCUGACAACUUCCUCCCUGCUCCCCCAUUUCUGUGUAAAGUCUGAAUAAGUCAAAGUAACUAAAUGUGAGGUACAAGGUAAACAUCACAAGAAAUAGAUCCGCUUAAUUUCAACGCAUAUUUUUGCUAUGAUAUAUUUGUUUUUAGUCAAAACUCAACUGCAGUGAGAUUAUGUUCACAUAAAAUCGUCUUCCAGUGUUUUUUCUGAUAGGGCACAGCAUUUAUUCUGGAAUUAUUUUUAAAAAAUGGUGAGUAAAUGAAGCAUACUUCCAGUGCAUGCAUGCAGAUGACACGCACAGUGUAUAGUCUGCAGAUGACUGAUUAAUGCCUCUAUCAGUCCUCUUUAGGUCCCUUCUGUCACAGAUGGCGAGCAGAGGAUCUAUUUUUUUCUUAGCAAAUAGGACUAGCCCCAGAUAAUUUCAUUUUUGACUGAUUCUAUUUAUGAAUCAGACAAUAAGCAACUGGAAAGAUGCCCACUCAGUUUUUAAAGGCGCAUUCAGAAUUGAUGAUGAAACGAUUAUAAACAGCUCUGAUUUAAGUUUCUCUUCUGUGGUACUACAGCAUGUAUAUAAAUCUAUGUUGUGACCAUGACUAAACUUCAAACAGUUGUUUUUGUUUUGUUGCUUUUUCUUAGAUGUGAAGUUCUCAUCCUCUUGUAUGGUUUUUAAAAAAUGGGUAUGACUGUUUACAGUAGCGCAACAUCCACUCCCACAGACGGAGAGCAUGUUUACAUGUACAUUAAUAUUCCAACUACUUAGAGCUUGUUUGUGUGUGUGUGUGGGGGGGUUCGAUAAAAAAAAAAUGCUGCAUGUGAUCACAACUGUCAAAGAGCCCACACUUUAUCCUGUCUACAGAUGUUAAUGUGGUCUGUUCUCUUUCCAUGCUGUUAUUCAGGAAAAUCUGUUUAUUUGUGUCUACAGGGAUAUUAAUGAACAGGAUGCUUGGUGUGUGUGUGUGUGUGUGUGUGUGUGUUUGUGUGUGUGUCUGUGUCUGUAUGAGAGCAUAAUUAGAGUGUGCGCCUGUGUGCAUAAGUGUGUUGUGGACAUGCAGAGUAAAUUGCUACCUUUGAUCGUAGAAAUGAAAUGUUUACUCAUUUGCACUUAAAGGCGGACUCUGUCCCUGAAUGCACAAGCUUUGUUUUUAUGGGUUGUUGUUUACAUAAAAAACACCUCCUAAAAUAAGUCGACCACAUCCUAAAAUAAAUGUUUUGUCUCAACUUUUAUUGAAAUCAUAAACCUUUAUAUAAAUCACUGUCAUAAUAAAAAUCUGUUUUAAAUGUACUUAAUUUUGGCCCAUUAAAAUAGUGUCUCGCUUUUAAAGUAAAAGUGAUGUUCGCCUGCCGUUGCUUCGAAAAUAAACAUGAUUUGAAUAACA